CCUCAUCCUCCAUCUCAAAGAGAAAGAUGGGGGAUAGGCAUGCAAGUAGGUAUUGGUGUUACAUGUGUUCUCAAGUGGGGAAUCCAAUGACACAUCCCGAAAUAAAAUGCCUUUUCUGUGACUCUGGAUUUGUUGAAGAAAUGGACAGUCUAAGAAACCAUUCCAACGCCAACGCCAUUGAUUCAGGAUCAGUGCACAAUCUUUCACUCUGGACUCUCAUCUUGCUCGGUUUGAUGGGCGGUUUAAGUCCGUCGCACUCGCGCACCGCAGGCCAGGAUCAAAUCAAUGGCACCAACUCACAAGACUCAAUGGAAGACAGUGAACUCGGGAGAAGAAGAAGUUCAACUUCAGCUAUUAGGAUGCUUCAGGAUAUGCGUACAUUAGGAGCCUCUGAAUCAGAUAACUCUGAAAAUGGUAGAGAUACAAGUGGUAUAAUGGUUUUGUUUGAUCCGAUCAAUGAAGAAGCCUUGAUCGUUCAAGGUUCAUUCGAUAUCAACCACAGACGAAACCCGAGUCGUAGGUCGGCUAGUUCCUUUGGUGGUGAAUACACCAUGGGACCUGGUUGGGAUUUUUUGUUGCAGUAUAUGUUCGAGAACCGAUAAGGAACCCUACCGGCACAAAAAGAAGCAGUUGAAGCAUUGCCAACUGUUGCCAUCAAAGACAAUUUGUAGUGUUCAGUAUGUUCGGAGUAUAUUGAGAUUGGAACUGAAGCGAAAUAGAUGCCGUGUAAGC